GCCACAGUCCCUCACUCGGCGCCACUCCCUCAAGGUGUAUGAUGGCCUCUCACGUUCUUCUGGUCUUGUGCUUACUGACAGGCGUAGCAGUGUCAGUGGCAGGGCCGGCGAAGAGGGCGGCCGAACAAUCCAGCAACCCUAAGAUCACGUACAGCAAGGAGACGGUAGCCGAAGAGGGGGACGAGGUUAAGAUUGACUGUGCAGUGGAGGGUGUCGACCUUACUGGAGUAGAGGACUUCAGUGUCUCGUGGAGCAAGAUCAACGAGGAGAAACCAGCCAACUCCUACCCUAUCUCCACCAACGAGAGAGUUCUGCUCUUCUCCAGCAAGUAUGAGGUUCUCCAUCCCGACAACACCCACCAAUUCUCCCUCAUUAUUAAGAAGAUCAACGAGGAGGAUAUCGGCCUCUACCGCUGCACUGUGUACUUCGGGGAGGACCAGAGGAUUAAUGCUGACGUCCCGGUCCUUAUACAGAAAGCUGCAUACUUCACGGAUAACCUCACCAAGACCCUAGUGGUGAAGGAGGGAGACGCCAUCAGCAUCGACUGUCAACCCGGAGGAGCCCCUAAGCCCGAUGUGUACUGGGAGCGUGUCAACCAGGAGCUGCCUUACUAUGGUGGCAAGUUCUUCAAAUCUAACCUGUUGGAUUUGCCACUAAUCGAGCGAGGUCACAAGGGUCACUAUGUAUGCUAUGCCGACAAUGGUAUAGGCAAUCCGGCCACCUCCAAUGUAGUCUUGGAGGUUCAGUAUGCCCCGGACGUCACUGUGACCAAGGACCGGGUGUUUACGUCUAUGAACACAGAGGCAAUCCUGGAGUGUACGGUGUUCUCUCACCCUCCUGCUGACAUCGCCUGGUUUAAGGAUGACAUGCCUAUCCUGGGAAGCUCAAACCUCAAGAUAAUGAAGAAGCAGCUCGAAGAGAGUGAAGGUGUGGUAAUAACCCUCACCUUGUUGGACACAGCACCUGAGGAUAUUGGCACCUACACCUGCAAGGCCGUCAAUGUCAUUGGCAGUACCAACAGGGACGUCGAGCUCCUGACCAAGUCACCACCCCUGAUCAUAAAACAGUCUCGCAAAGAGGUGCUCUAUGACCAGGAAAAGGCUCGACUGAGGGACGCCCUGCCCUCGGUGAUCGAGUGCCUGGCUGAGGGUUCCCCCAGCCCCAAUUACCGUUGGACAAAGAACGGCCAGCCCUUGAUAUGGCAGGCUGACUCUCGCCUCUCGAUCGAGGAAGAAACCGGCAACCUGCUGAUCGUCGACCCAGUAAUGGAGGACAACGGGUUAUACCAAUGCUUCGCCUACAAUGAAUUAGGAACUGCUGUAGGUGAUCCCGUCUACUUCUUAAACACCACCAAUAUUCACUUCUCUAAUGAUGGUGACAGAAGUGACACUUACAAUGUGGAAGCUGAGUUAGGCAGACCCUACAAGCUCUCCUGCCCUAAAGCGUUUGGUUACCCGAAGCCUACCAUGAGCUGGGUGAAGGCUAAGCCCCAUGAAGAACAGAUUGAACUCGAGUUUGUUAGUGACGAACGCAUUGUGGCGGAUCCUGAAGGAAAUCUGUGGUUUACGCACAUCACCGAAGACGACGACACCGGCAAGAACGGCUUCCAGUACAUCUGUUUGGCGUCUACGUCCUUCGAGCCAUACGACUACUCAAUGGCGUCCGUGAUUGAAAUGACGGUGAAUGCUCCUGCUGAUGGGGCCCACAACCUGGAGGAGGAGGCGCUUAAUGUGGAGAGCUUCUCUAUGUACACUUCUGGCGAUGUAGUCCAGUUCAAGGCUGGAGAGGAGAACUCUUUGUGGUGCAUCUAUGGUGGAGAGCCAGUACCCAGCGUGGGUUGGAGGCGAAAGGACGGGGAAGAACUCGACCCAUCGCGCAUCAUCACCAAAAACACCGGCAGCACUCUAGUCUUCAAUGACACCCAGGUGAGCGAUGCCGGGGAAUACGAGUGUUCGGCCUCCAACGAGGUCGGGACCAUCAAGACUCAGACCUUGACCGUUGAGGUGAUCCAGGCCCCCACCUUCAUCAACGAGCUGGGCUCUAAGGUGGUCAAGGAGGGGUCCAUCGUCACGUUCACCUGCGACGCGGAAGCCACCGAUAAUGUCUCGUAUAUCUGGAUGUUCAACGGACGAAUCCUCUCCUCUGAAGGCAAACACCCCCGACGCAACAUCAAAGGGAACAAACUGAAGAUCAAGGGAGUAACCCUCACUGAUGUGGGUAACUACGCCUGCAACGCCACCAACGAAAAUGGUUACGCGUACGGCCAAGCCACCCUCAACGUGCUCCCGAGCAGUUCCUCAACGGGCCAGAGUGCAGCUUCUUGCCAGAAUGUAGAGGAUUUGCGUACUGAGGUAGCAGCCCUGCGUAAGACCAUCGAAUUGUUGCAAUCCCUGGUGACUGAGCAGCAUGGCUUUGCCCAGCAGACACAUGAACAGCUUAGAAAUAUUUCUGAUAAACUGCAGGUUCCCAACCUCCAGGAUAACACUUCUGCCACCAAGCUGGAGGAGGAGAAGACCAUGGAGGAGGAGGAGAAGGAAGAUCUUCCAGUAACCGAACUCCCAUAAGCUAGCAUAGGCUACUCCACCCCAACCCAUUAGACCUGAUAGGUUAUUGUUGAUAGCUUCUGUGUUUGCAUUAGUGUGUGUGUGUACCUGAGUGUGUGUGUGUGUGUGUGUACACCUGAGUGUGUGUGUGUACCUGAGUGUGUGUGUGUGUGUACCUGAGUGUGUGUGUGUGAGUAUCAUUAGCAUGUGUAAGUUAAGCCUAGUAUCAGGUGGGUCAUUAAUAGAAAAUGUCUGCUUCACUAGUUAGAACAAGCAACAUUUGUUUUGUUAACAAAACAGCAUUUUAUUUUCUUCUUUUUUCCCCUUUUUUAGCUUAAGGUAAGGCUUACCGGGUACUCAAAGAAAUUUCACUUGGCCUUUUUUUAAAUUAGUUAUGGCCAGAUGAUUGACCCAGUAGUAGCCUUUAGGUUAAGGAAUGACCACCACUGACAGUAUAUACUUCAGAUUUUGGUGGUCGUAAGAUAGUGUUGUGGCCACUCACUGCCACUGGUGGACAGAGGAAGCCAGUAGUGCCCUCAGUCCACCACCUCCAUCACCAUGCCAGUAUCAGUAGGUGUAACUUAGGGCAUUCUGUGCAAUACAAGUAAACAUUAAUACCUAAAUACACUGUAGACAGUC